AUGUCAGGCCUCCAUGAAGUGCAAACAGGUUCCGGUCGAUUGGCUGGCAAGGUAGCCAUCGUCACAGGCGCCGCCUCAGGCUUUGGUCUCGCCGUGGCGCAGAAAUUCGUGUCCGAAGGCGCCAAAGUCGUCGCCGCCGACAUGAACGGCGAUGGCCUCUCAAAGGCCUUUUCCUCUUCUUCCACGUACUCGGCCAACGUUGCCACACUGACCGCGAACGUGACCGCCGCCGCAGAUUGGGAAAAGAUGGUAGAGACCGCGGUGUCCAAGUUCGGCGGACUCGACGUUCUCGUCAACAACGCCGGCACAAGCUACAAGAACAAACCCACCCUAGAAGUCACCGAGGCCGAGUUUGACAAGGUCAUGGCUGUCAAUGUCAAGAGUAUUUUCCUCAGCAUACCUGCUACCAUUCCAGCGCUCAGGAAGAGAGGCGGCGGAAGUAUUAUCAACAUUGCCAGUAUUGGAGCCAUGCGCCCUCGGCCGGGUUUGGUCUGGUAUAAUGCAUCGAAGGGUGCUGUUGCAAAUGCCACGAAAGGUCUCGCGGCGGAAUUCGGCAAAGAGCAGAUCCGCGUGAACGCAUUGUGCCCACUCCUCUCGGGGACGGGCCUGUUUGAAUCGUUCGUGGGUGUGCCUUACACCGAAGAGAACAUGAAGAAGUUCCUCUUCAAUGUGCCCCUGGGUAGAUUGACGGAUCCUAGCGACGUGGCGAAUAUUUGUGCUUUUUUGGCAAGUGAUGAGGGCAAAUUUGUGACUGGUGUCAAUUUGGAGGUGGAUGGUGGGAGAGCUGUAGGAGCGUAG